UUUGAACAGAAAGCUCCCAGGCUCCAAAGGCUGAAAAUGAGGCUUUUGACGUCGUAUUUUUGGCUGGAUUACUUAAUGCGGCGAUCAGCUGCCUGGAAAGGGGAACUUGGCCGCUGAUUGGCUGAGCUAUUUAUGGGAGCAAUCGGAACAUUGUUCAUCCGGGGUCCGGUGGAUCUGAUGCUUAUUAAGCACCAGAUCUUGGAGUGGGAAAUCGCGAGGACAGGAAGAAGUAAAGAGACGAAGAGACGCCCAGAGCAACAGAGCAGAAUUUGCAGACGGGACAGACCAAGUCAUGCAACCAAGAUGAUCCAACUAAAGACGAUGCUUAAUUGCAUCGACAACUCCGGCGCAGCCAUUGUCGAAUGUGCCAGCGUCCUAAAAAUGAAACGAGCAGCCUCAAUCGGCGACCGCAUCAUCGUCGUCGUGAAGAAACAGCGGAAUUUCGGCCCGGAGAUGGGCGGUGUCAGCAGCGGCAUUGCCAACAAGGUCAGACGAGGAGACGUCUGCCAUGCCGUCGUGGUCAGGACGAGAAACGUACAGAGGCCCGAUGGCAGCUUUGUCAAGUUCGAUGAUAACGCGUGCGUACUUAUUAAUAAGUCUGGGGAUCCGAUUGGGACGAGAUUGAAUGGUGUUGUUGGAAAAGAAUUGCAGAAGAAAGGCUGGUCGAAGAUAUUGUCGUUAGCACCCAUGCAUUUGUAAGAUUAUUGUAUAGAAUAUAUAUUGUAUUUUUGAUAUUUCCCCUUCCGCUUGCAUCAGAAUCUCAGUAGGAUGUAUAACCUAGCUAAAGUGUGUCGCAACGCCAGAAAAUGAAUGACGAAUGAAAAUAAAAAUACAAAACUAUAGAAAUAGGAACACUCUCUAACGCCUCAAUAUAUCCAGCUCGUCCAAACUCAUAAACUCCGCCCAAUGGGUAUAAAUUCAGAGAAAGAAAGGAAAUGACAGAUAAAAAAAGAAUCGAAAAUUCCCUCCCAAAUCAAGUAAACACAUUUCCACAAGUGCAGCACACGUAGUAGAGUUUCUAUCCCGAAG